AUGCCAGGCAAGAGGAUCGCAGUGAUUGGUGCAGGGGUCAGCGGGUUAGGGGCCAUUAAGAACUGCCUGGAGGUAGGAUUGGAACCCACCUGUUUUGAAGGAAGCGAUGACAUCGGAGGACUGUGGAGAUACGAGGAGAAGACUGAAGGUGGCCGGCCAAGUAUCUACAGAUCUGCCACGAGCAACACCUCCAAGGAGAUGACAGCCUACAGCGACUACCCAUUCCCCGCCCAUUUUCCCAACUACAUGCACAACUCCAAACUCAUGGAGUACCUCAGGAUGUACGUCAGGCACUUUCACCUCCUCAAGCACAUCCGGUUCCAGACGAGGGUAUGCAGCGUGAGGAGGCGCCCGGACUUCUCCUGCACGGGACAGUGGGAUGUGGUGGUGGAGACUGAAGGGAAGCAGGAGUCCCAUGUCUUUGACGGGAUCAUGGUGUGUACUGGCAUUUAUUCUGAGCCUGUCUUGCCACUCGAGAGCUUUCCAGGGAUCAAGAGGUUCAAAGGUGAAUAUAUCCACAGUUGGGAAUACAAGAGUCCCGAGAAAUUUCAGGGGAAGAGAAUCGUUGUGGUCGGUAUUGGAAAUUCUGGAGUUGACGUGGCUAUUGAGCUCAGUCAUGUAACCUCACAGAUGUUUCUCAGCACGAGGACAGGUUCCUGGGUCUGGAACCGGGUCUGGGAUAAUGGGAUGCCCAUGGACAUUGCUCUCUUCACUCGCUUUAACUCCGUCCUCAACAAAUUGUACCCAGCAUUCUUAAUGAACCGAUGGACAGAGAGUAAAUUAAAUGCUCGAUUUAACCAUGAUGUCUAUGGUUUGCAACCUAAACACAGAUUUCUGAACCACCAGUCUACUAUCGGUGAUGAUCUACCCAAUCACAUAAUUUCUGGAAGAAUUGUGAUGAAACCAAAUAUAAAAGAAUUCACUGAGACAUCAGUCACCUUUGAGGAUGGCACAAAAGAAGACAUUGAUGUUGUGAUCUUCGCCACAGGAUACAAAUUCUCUUUUCCUUUUUUGGAAAGUGAUUCAACGGUUCUAGACAAUCAAUACACCAUGUUUAAAUUUGUGUUCCCACCUCAGCUAGAGAAGCCAACAUUAGCUUUCAUUGGCAUCCUCCAGCCAGUGGGCGCCGUCAUCCCCACAUCAGAAAUCCAGAGCCGAUGGGCUGCUCACGUAUUCAAAGGAUUGAACAAGUUACCUUCAGUGAGUGACAUGAUGGCUGAUAUUACAAAGAAAAGGAAAAAAAAUGAAGCACAAGGGACGUCUGACUUGAAGUUUCUGAUUUGCGCCCAUUCUGGUUUCAGCUUCCUGAAUAACCCCCGGGACAGGCUCAGAGUGCUUUAUGUCGACUACAUGGAUGACAUUGCCUCAGAAAUCGGGGUGAAGCCCAACCUGUGCUCCCUCCUCCUGUGGGAUCCAAAGCUGGCUGUGACAAGUUUCUUUGGACCGUGCACACCGUACCAGUACCGCCUGCAGGGGCCAGGCAGCUGGGCUGGGGCCCGCGGAGCCAUCAUGACCCACAGGGAGCGCAUCAUCAAGCCCCUGCGGACCCGCAGCCUGGCCUGCGCCCGCCCUGGGCACCCUGUGCCAGGCUGGCUUAAAAGUGCCUGCGUGGUCCUUCUCGUCUUUGUUCUCACUGUCGUCAUUCUUAAACAAUGAUCCUGUGCUCUCUGCA